UAAAUAUAUAUAAUCCGUUUUUUCAAAUAUUAUUUCACUAGUUUGAAUGAUAAACAUGAUCGAUUUAAGUAUGAUUCAACAAUGAAGCAGUAGGGGGCAGCAGUGGACUCAAUUGCAAUGCAGCAUCGACGCGAAGAAGAGAAAUCAGCCCUCCAGGAAGCUCCAGCCAAUAGAUGUAACCGAUGGAGUCACGGAUGUAGUAUGAGAUAACUGGCAAACACAUUAUGAAGUUUUUCUUUUUUAUUAAUAUGUCGUGACAUCUGUCAGAGUAUAAGGUGGAUUUCGUUAAAGGAAAUGCCUUUGUUAAUUCAAAGUAAAGAACUUGACCGCAUAAGGUCAACAGCGGAACUAUUCGACAAUAAUCCACAUUUACAGGAAAAAGCACGAACAUUUCGCUCCAGGGCUCUCGUUGAUGUGGAUCCAGGGUGCCUCCUGUACGUUCAGCAAAGAGAGUUUGCUGCAACCACACCAGCAGACAACUCAGUUUCAGUGAUUGGAUCGGAUGACGCGACCACCUGCCAUUUGGUUGUGCUGCGACACACCGGAAGUGGAGCCGUUUGCCUGGCCCACUGUGAUGGCUCCAGCACUAGUUCUGAGGUCCCACUUUUUGUGAAAACCGUUGCAUCAUUAGGUAACGUCUGUAAGGACGGCAGAUUUGAGCUUCAUCUUGUAGGGGGAUUCAUUGAUGACUCAGAAACAUCCCAUAAACUCAGCCUUAACAUUCUGGGUAUGAUUCUACAAAGCUUCUUCUUGUCUUUCUGGAGCGUUGUGCUAUUUCUGGGGAGCAUUUUGGGCUCUAGGAAACUUAAAUCUAUCUUUAUCUUUAUAGCCGCAUUUCAGAAACAGAAGGAGGAUAUUCAUCUGGAAACGUGUUGCAUUACAGAAAUGAAUGACAUUCUUGAUAAUGGAACUCAUAGACCCAUCGUGUAUGGAAUAGGUGUAAAUGUUAAAACGGGGGAUGUGUUCCCUGCCUCCUUCACUCAUAAAGGGCCUGCAGAAGAGCUGCGAUCAGCACGGACCUUCACAGGAGGAGAGAUGGCUGACAUAUACGACUCAAGCCAUGGACUCGUUAGAGUUGGUCCAUGCAAGUGGUCUUCGAAUCUGGAUAUUGCUUUUUGGUUAUCGCAGAGCGAUGAGGUUAUUCUAAAGUACCUGUCCACCUCUCCGAUGGCUGAGCCACCGCACUUUGUCCAGCACAUAAAGUCCACCAUUCGGUUCCUUUUAGAGCACCCCAACUCCGACAGCCUGUUCCCGGGCGGCCAGCCGCAGCUCUACCAAAGGGCCCAGAGCGGGGACUGGGAGAGGCUGGUCCAGUCCUAGAGCCCCGCCGCUUGGUCUCUGAACUUUUUGUUUUGCCUCUCAGCUCCAGGGACACACUGUGACCACUCUCCCUGGUGUCUGCUCUCAAUGUUCAUUGUGUCUUAACGUGGAGCCCACCCCCAGCUGGAAAAUAAAUCAGCUCUACCCACCACUCCGGCGUGUCGAGUCAGUAAAAAGAGAAGGAAUUGAUUCUGUUUAAGUCUCCAACAUUUAAUCUCAGCCCUCAGGCGGUAUGAAGUCUACACUUCAUACAGCCUGUUGUGUUGCUUUAAAUUGACAUUAACAUCUAACUCUGCUUCACUGUUUCAGUUUAUGAUGACAGCUGUCAGCAUAUCUGUUUUAUUUUAGCUCACAAACAGCCACUGCGUAACUUUUCCCAAAGCAUAAAUCGAGUUUAAUCCUGUUCAGUGCAAGAAUCAACUCACUUUAGCAUAAAAAAAUCAGGUGCAUGGUGAAAUCAAACCAACACGGUUAUGAAAUGGAAUAAACAGAACUUUGAACCCACACAAAUCUAAAAACUUGCUUAAGAACUCUAUGCAUGGUCUGCAGUUUAGAGCCAAAACCUGUACACAAAAACAUCUGUCCUGCUCUUCAUCCCGCAGGUUUGGAAUAAUUACAGUGGGUACUUUAUGCAACACUAAUAAAAAAAAUGUUUUGGCACUUUCUUUAAAAAACUACAAGUUAAAACUAACUUGCUCGCCAUUUAUUUUUCAGUAAGGAUGCACCUUCCUUGUGAGAGUGUUAUAUUGAGUUUUACUCUAUAUACUGCUGUACACUUUGCUAUGAAUGUGUUUGUUUUAGAAACUGCAUGUGUAAAUGUACGUUGUAAUCCACAAGAGACAGUAUGAAUUCCUGAUGAAUGCAGCAAAUAUCUGAUUACUUGUUUUUGUGUCUUUUGAAACAGUUGAACAUUAGCUAUGUGGCCUUUUCUUCGGUUGUGUUGUUUGGAAAAAAGUGCUUCAAACAGCCCAUGUAAAUUGUGACCUUGCUGCACUUGUAAAAUAAAUGUAAAUGAGCAA